AUGGGCGACGAAGUUUCCGAAGACCAACAUGUGCCAAUGCGGUCUGACUCUCCCGAUAUGGAUGAUUUGUUUGAAGAGGAUAACGACUUUGGCUCCCAAUUGGGUGCCUCGGCUACUUCAACGGACAUCCAUCAACAAGUACUUGGUGUCGAGGAGCAUCGCAAGUUGAUUCCUGCUUACGAAAAUCAUGACGAGGACAACCAUGAGUCUGUUGAAGACAAUCUCGAACCUGAUACACCAGUGCCUGAUCCCACCGAUGCCGAUGUUGAGCCUGAAGAAGACGGUAAUCGGUACAAUACACAGUCGUCUAGCCACGCCAAUACCGACUUUGAACCCGAACAGCAGGCGCAGCAAAGCUCUCACGAGCCGUUCGACCACAACGGAACUAUGGAGGAUCUCCCGGAUGAGCAGAGCCGUUCAUCAUUGGCUACUCCUAUUGAUGCGCAGCCGCACACAAACCCUGGUACUGCACGCCCAGUCAACCACGACACCGACUCUUCCUCUCUGUUUGUGCCGGAACGCGGUUUAUCGCCACAUUCUCCCGUGCCUAAUCUUUCACCUCCACGCUUGAAUCUCCCCACCACUCGACAGACAGCAACGCCUGCUCGCCGGCCCGAUACGGCUCCUAAGCCCUCCAUCUUUUCCCAGAUCCGCAAUAAGCAAAGGUUAGCUCAAGCGCGGAAGAAUGCCAGUCAUAGAUUCGCUGUAGCGCCUCAACUUAGUGCUGAUCUUGAUCCUGAGACCUACCUCGAGGCUGUAACGUCCGGUAUUAACCCACCGCCUGGUGCGUAUCAUACCAAAGUCGACGAGGAGGAGAUGGCUCACAGGCACGCCUUGGCCAACUUCCAAAAGCAGAAGCUUCACUAUCAGGCGAUCAGAGAACAGCACAACGGACAUCUGCCAUUUCAGCAGGAUGUUGAGUGGAUGAAAAUAUCGGGCGCUGAGGACGCUCGUCUGAAGAAGCGCCGACGCGAUCUGGUAAUGGCUCAAGACCUGGGUGACGAACAGGAUCUCUUCCCGCAAAUCCACAGGCGCCACGACGAGUGCAACAACGAAUCUGAUGGCGAGUUAUAUGGUGAAUCAAGCUCUCAUAAACGCCGCCGCAGUGGUGAUCAACCUCGCAAGCAGUCGAUGCCGGAGUCGAUGCAGGAUGCAGAAUAUCGAUCCAUGUUCGUUAUGAUUGACGCCGACGAUGAUCGCCCCAAGAGGAAAAAGAAGAAAGAAGCCGCAGGCACCGAAGAAGAUCAGGAGCCACAAUCUUCUGCUGCGAAAGGAAAGAAGCCAAAGGUCAAGACCGCACGACCAUCUCGGGCAAAAGGAGCAGGCAAACCAUCAGCUAGAAAAUCGCGCAGAUCGGCCAAAGAUAAACGCGACCUUGAGCGCGCUGCCAAGCAGGCAAGUUCGCUCUUCAACUCCGACGUCUUUCACUCAAGGAGCUCCCUAAAGGGUUACCAAGUGUUGGGUAGUGCGUUCAUGCGCCGCCGCGAGAAUGACGCUUCAGAGCCCAAGGGAGGACUGAUGGCUGACCAGAUGGGACUCGGCAAGACGCUGAUGAUGCUUGCGAAUAUUGUCAACUCUCGCGAUGCCAUGCACCGUAACAAGGACUCUGGCCCUAAGUCCACGCUUCUGGUCGCAAGUCCAGCGCUUCUGACCCAAUGGGCAGCCGAGAUACAGCAACACACUGACUGCAAUAUGAAGGUCAUGCGUUACGGGGCUGGCAAUCGCCUCGACUCGACUUGCGCCUUGGGGAUCCUUCAGACCCAUGACAUUAUCCUUACUACAUAUGGCGAGAUUAUGAAGUCUUAUCCUAAGAACAAUCCCCCUAUCGAGUGUCAAACUGCAGAGGAAAAGAUCGACUGGUGGAAGAAAACUUACAAAGAGCAUCGCGGAGUCCUGCACAAGAUGCAUUUCAAGCGCAUUGUGCUUGAUGAAGCGCAAGCAAUCAAAAACCACCAGUCGCGAACCUCGAUCGCUUGUCGCGCUCUCAUGGCUCACCACAAGUGGGCCCUGAGCGGCACGCCUAUCUUGAACGGACUGGACGAAUUGUAUCCAUACUUCAAAUUCCUUGAAGUUCCGCACACUGGCAGCUUCAAGAUCUUCAAGAACAACUACUGCGGUGGUGGUGAUGGAGAAAACGCCGAACGUCUACUUGUCCGCCUGUCACAGUUCAUGAUCCGACGCACUCACGCCGACAGAAUGUUCAAUGCGCCCAUAUUGAAACUUCCGCAAGCAAACCAGAUGACUCACUGGUGUGAGUUUAACUCGGUUGAGCGUAGCAUUUACAAUAUCGUCCAUCAUCGAUUUGCCACGAACAUCAACAUGAUGUCCAAGAAGGGCACACUAUCAAGGUCGUACAGCAAUGUUCUGGUCAUGUUGCUGCGUCUGCGACAGCUCACUGCACACGUAUUGAUGCUGGAGUUCGUGAUGAGAGACCUGCUCGAGCGCGAAGAUAUUGAGAAGAUCAAGGAGGUUAUCAGGAAGCAAGACGGCUCUAGCGACAUGGAUAAGGGCCGCGUGAUCAUCGCUAUUCGAAGGCAGCUGGAAGCUCACGAGCUUCAAGAGAAGAGGAAGGCAGCUGCUAAAGCCAGUCGUCGGCUUGCGGCGGAGGCGACCGCGAGAGCGACUCGCCAAGAGUACGUCGAGCCUGAUGAUGAGACUGAUGAUGACAGAGAAGACGGGGUCCCUGUCGAAGUUCCACAGGACGGUGAGCCAGAUGACGAAGAUCCCGAUGCGUAUCGAGGUGCAGAACGCAAUAAGUCUGGAAAAGGAUUUGGCAAGAGCUACGACUUCACUCCGUUUGUCAAGAGCCUCGCGACCGGGGUAAACUGGGAGAAGAAGAAAGAGCAAGCCAAGUGCGGAGAAUGUGGCAAAUUGCCUGAGAAGACUUGGUUGACUGCCUGUGGACAUCUGAUCUGCGACCUUUGCUACGAGAGUGCCAUGAGCUCCGCAGCUGAAAGGGGAGAGUUGCACGCCAACUGUACGACAUGCGGCUCGAUCUUUGCCGCAUGUACUCCAUGUGACGAGGAGACGAACGAUGCUUCAGGCCCGAGUCGCGAGACCCGCAACAGAUCUCUCCAGAGAAGGAGGAGGGAAAAUGAGCGCCUGGAGCGUGUCGCAGAUGACUGGCUAAGCUUCGGCGGCGACGAGGUGCUGUCAUCCGCGAAGACACUCGCGAUCAAGGCCCAGAUCCUCAAUUGGAUUAGGGAAGAUCCUAACGUGAAGGUCAUCAUUUACACACAGUUUCUGGCGAUGAUACGCAUUCUUGCAAAGGUUUGCCAACAGGAAGGCUGGGGAACAGAGCAGUACCACGGCAAGUCAAGUCUAGCCGCGCGCGACAAGGCCAUCAAAGAGUUUGCCGGCAACCCUCAUUCGCAAGUCUUGCUGGCGUCUCUUCGUUGCGGCGGUCUUGGCCUCAACCUGACCAUGGCCUCAAAAGUCAUCAUUAUCGACCCUUGGUGGAACCAAGCUUCUGAGCAGCAAGCUUUCUGUCGAGUAUUCCGUAUUGGCCAACAGGACGAGACAUUUAUGACCCGGAUGUGCGUCAAGAACACUGUCGACGAGAGGCUUAUCGAGAUGCAGACAGAGAAGCAGAGGGAGAUUGACGAGGUGAUGGAGGACCGUGGAAGGAAGACGCAGCACCUGGAGAUUUCUGAUCUCAUGCGUCUCUUCGGAAACAUUGAGCAGACCGAGGAUGGCAAGCCGUUCAUCGUCGUCGACAACCCUGCUGCUGCCGGUGGAUUCCAUGCUGACAGCGACCACGAGGGCUAUGCGGACGAGUUUUGAGAUAUGGUUUUGGAGGCAUUGGGCGAGUCACGGUUUUGGCAGUCGCGAGUUCCUGGUUACUAUGGGCGUUACGGUUUUGGCAGCCGCGAGUUUCUGAUUACUAUGGGCGAGUUACGGUUCUGGCAGCCGCGAGUUCCUGAUUACUAUGGGGCCUAUCAUUGGGUGCUGUGCAAUGCUUGCUUUUCGGAGGGUUAGCGCUGGGGUGCGGCAAGGUGCUUUGACUCGGGUCGAAUCUUAUCAAAUGUCAGGUUCUGGGCUUCUUCAAGGUGAUAUCACGAAGGCGUCCGGCGUGAAGUUGGGUCGUGGUGGAGCAGUGGCACGACACAGACUAGAUCGGCCCGAGCGUAGCUGGCCCACCGUUGACGGCUCCGCAAUGCGG